GAGAUUUGGAGAGGGAAACUCGGGUCAAACGAAGCAAGGCGCCUCUUUUCUUUUUGCCUCGCUUCUCUGGAGUUUUAUCAACCCGAACAAAAAACCAAACAAAAGGAAAAGAAAAGGAAAGAGGAAAAAUGGAAGCGGCGAUGGGACUGAUGCGGCGGAUGCCUCCCAAGCACACCGAGACGUCUCUCUCCGCCCUUCUCUCCCUUCUCCCCCAGCACUCCUCCGAUCUCCUCUCUCAAGUCGAUCAGCCUCUCCAGGUUUUGUGCGAUAUGGAAUACGGGAAGGAGUUCAUUCUGUGUGAAUAUAACAGAGAUGCAGACUCUUACAGAUCACCUUGGUCAAACAAAUAUCAUCCGCCACUAGAAGACGGCAGCCUCCCAUCUUUAGAGCUGAGGAAACUUGAAGUUGAAGCCAACGACAUCUUUGCCAUUUAUCGUGACCAGUAUUAUGAAGGUGGCAUUUCAUCAGUUUAUAUGUGGGAGGAUGAUAACGAAGGUUUUGUAGGCUGCUUUUUAAUAAAGAAAGAUGGCUCCAAGACAGGGCAAGGUCGGCGAGGUUAUCUGCAGGAGGGGGCAUGGGAUGCUAUACAUGUGAUUGAGGUGGGUCCGGAGGAGGAAGGAACCGCUCAUUACCGUUUAACAAGUACUGUAAUGCUGUCUUUGACUACAGAUAAUGAGUCGUCAGGCACAUUCAGUUUGUCUGGAUCAAUUAGACGACAGAUGAAUAUGCACCUGUCAACUGAAGAAGGCCAUCUUUGUAACAUGGGAAGAAUGAUUGAAGAAAUGGAGAGCAAGCUGAGAAAUUCACUGGAUCAGGUUUAUUUUGGGAAGACGAAAGAGAUGGUUUGCACAUUACGACCACCAUCUGAAGUAGUGAUGAGACUGCCUGACAGCUGAUGAGACGUAUUCUAUAGGCUACCAAAAAGGGAGAAUACUAGUAAUUCACUAGGAGUUGGUUGUCAAAUUGCUUAACUGGGUGAUUGGGGUUUCGGUGUACUUUGUGUGUGUGACAUUAUUUGUUUUUGAAAUCUACUUUCAUUUUGAUUUGUUCCGCUUGGCCUUUCUGCCGUUGCACAGCGGAGAAGAUGGCUGGAUUAUCAAUCGAAAAGGCCUCAUGUUUCUUUCA